CUCUGAGCCAAUCCCGACGCGCCGGCGGGUGGCAUGGCUUCCCCCGGCUCCGGGCUCUCAGGUUUUACAACUAGCACUGCCAGGAGGUUCUGACGGCCCCCGGUACUGAGACUGGGCGCCCGGCUGUCCAGGUCCGCGCUCCUGGUCUCCUUUCGGGCCGCCGGGCCCGGGCUCUGAGGAGGAUGGAUCCUUCUUCGGAUACAUGGGAUUUCUCACCUUUAAUAUCAUUAUGGAUAAACAGAUAUUAUAUAUAUUUCAGUUUUGCCUUUGGUAUUGGCCUUUGGAUUUGUUUACAGAUUGUUAUCAGGAAGCAGGACAAGAACUCACAGGAGAAAUCAGUUCCAAAAGAAGCUCAGGAUUUGAUGACAAACGGUUAUAUCUCUCCUCCCAAGAAGGAAGUCUUUGUGUCUGGAGUGAAGAUUUUCUAUGGUUCCCAGACUGGAACAGCGAAGGAAUUUGCAACAAUUCUUGCUGAAGCUGUUACCUCCCUAUAUCUGCCCGUGGCAAUUAUUAAUCUGAAAGAAUAUGAUCCAGAUGAUAAUCUAGUAGAAGAGGUUACUAGUAAAAAUGUUUGUGCCUUCCUGGUUGCUACAUAUACCGAUGGCCGACCAACUGAGAGUGCAGAGUGGUUCUGCAAAUGGUUAGAGGAAGCAUCCAAUGAUUUUCGAUUUGGCAAAACUUACCUGAAGGGUAUGAGAUAUGCGGUGUUUGGCCUGGGAAAUUCUGUCUAUGCGAGCCACUUCAACAAGGUUGGCAAGAAUGUUGAUAAGUGGCUCUGGAUGCUCGGUGCUCAUCGCGUGAUGACUCGAGGGGAGGGUGACUGCAAUGUUGUUAAAAGCAAACAUGGCAGCAUUGAAGCUGACUUCAGAGCUUGGAAGACCAAGUUUAUCUCCCAGCUCCAGGUGCUUUGUAAAGGAGAGAAGAAAUCCUGUGAUGGCAAUUGCAAGAAAGGCAAAUGUGAAUCUAAUCAGCCUAGCUCAGAGGAAAUGGAGCUAGGAUCUCAUACUCAGGAUGGAUUGCAUCAGAGAGACCCUGAGGAGGAAGAGCCGUUUGAGAGUUCCAGUGAGGAAGAGUCUGGUACUGAGGACCAGAGUCUAACUUCUGUGGUUGAUGUUGAAGACCUCGGCAACAUUAUGAAUCAUGUCAAGAAAGAAAAGGAAGAGAAAACUGGUUUGUUCAGGAACACUGUGAAGAGUGAAGACAGUGAAAGAAGAGCUAUGAUUACUCCUGCUCUCCGAGAAGCCCUUACCAAGCAAGGUUAUCAGUUGAUUGGGAGCCAUUCUGGGGUGAAGCUUUGCAGGUGGACAAAGUCAAUGCUCCGAGGAAGAGGAGGUUGCUAUAAACAUACAUUCUAUGGUAUUGAAAGCCAUCGUUGCAUGGAAACCACCCCGAGCUUAGCAUGUGCAAAUAAAUGUGUCUUCUGUUGGCGGCACCACACCAAUCCAGUGGGCACUGAAUGGCGGUGGAAGAUGGACCAGCCUGAAGUGAUCUUAAAGGAAGCCAUUGAAAACCAUCAGAACAUGAUCAAGCAGUUUAAAGGUGUACCAGGUGUCAAAGAAGAACGCUUUAAAGAAGGAAUGACAGUGAAACACUGUGCCUUGUCCCUGGUGGGAGAACCCAUCAUGUACCCAGAAAUCAACAGGUUUUUGAAGCUACUGCAUGAGUGUAAAAUAUCCAGUUUCCUGGUCACAAAUGCACAGUUCCCUGUGGAAAUCAGGAAUCUUAAACCGGUUACUCAGCUAUACGUCAGUGUGGAUGCCAGCAGCAAAGACAGCCUGAAGAAAAUUGACCGCCCACUCUUCAAGGACUUCUGGCAAAGAUUCCUGGACAGCUUGAAAGCCUUGGCAGCAAAGCAACAGCGGACUGUCUACAGACUGACUCUAGUUAAAGCAUGGAAUGUGGAUGAACUCCAAGCCUAUGCUGAGCUGGUGUCUCUAGGACGUCCUGACUUCAUCGAAGUGAAGGGUGUUACCUACUGUGGAGAGAGUUCAGCAAGCAGUCUUACCCUGGCCAACGUGCCCUGGCAUGAGGAAGUCGUGCGCUUCGUCCGUGAACUGGUGGGUCUGAUCCCUGACUAUGAAAUUGCUUGUGAACAUGAACAUUCCAAUUGCCUCCUGAUUGCUCACAGAAAGUUUAAGAUUGAUAGAGAAUGGUGGACGUGGAUUGAUUAUGACCGCUUCCAGGAGCUUAUCCAGGAAUACGAAGACAGUGGUGGAUCAAAAACUUUCAGCGCAGAGGAUUAUAUGGCCAAAACUCCUCACUGGGCUUUAUUUGGUGCUAAUGAGAGAGGCUUUGAUCCCAAGGACACAAGAUUUCAGAGGAAGAACAAAUCAAAGAAUAUUUCUGGAUGUUGAGAUUAUGUGCAUUUAGGAUACUGAAGGACAAAAACUGACGGCACCAGAAGGUUCUCAGGCUCCACCGUGACUUUUUCAAGGACAAAUUACACAAAUUAUAUUUCAUACCCAGGAGACUGUAAGGCAGAACCUGGGGAUGCAAGUCAUGUCCUGGGACUGAGGAGCCAACAUCCCUCUUGGAGUUCCAUAGCCUCGCCAUUUCUUUCCAGAAUCCAGUCCCUUUAUUUUCCUUCUGAGAAGUUCACGUGAGGGGGAGUAUGCACACUCAUUAUUAGGAUUUAACUGACAGUGUUGAGUUAUAAUUAGUAACACCCCCCUUAGAAUGCUGUUCAUGUUGUACAGAAUGAGUAUCUUCCUCUUCCCCUUGCGGCUAUAGCCCUUGUGGAUUGUACGGCCCUGAGGUAAGUGUACCCACUAAGGUCUUAUAUCUGAGAGUAACUUGCGUUGUCAUAAUUCUCAGUUAUUUUAAAAUACUGCAUAUAUUGCUUCAAAUUUUUGUUUAUUGACAACACCUUAGAAACCGAAUUGGUUUUAAAACUGGAUUACAUAUCAUUCUGUUUCCAAAUUGCCAUGGAGGGUAAUAUAUGGGCUGGUUAAGAGUAAAAGCUUUUUUCUGUAAGAGGAAUUGCCAUCUGAUGUCAUUGAAUAGUUAGUCGCACAAACUUGGAGACAAUGAGUACAAUUUGCUUUUUGUUUAACAAGUCAGUGUUUAAGCCUCGUAUGAGUACACAUAUAGCACGUCUAACCAUCUUCUUUCACUCUUGUUGCCCUCAGUACUCUACUCAGUCUGUUCUUUAAGGUUCAAGUUUUUUCUCAUUGUAAACAGGAAAUACUCAAUAGCUUUUAAAAAUAUUACAGUUAUUUUUUAAAUUUCUUUAUCCUAAAAAUUUUAGUAAUAAAAAAUCUGUUGUGGACAUUUA